AUGGAUCUAUCAAACCGUCACAGCUUUCCUCCGCCGCCACUACCACCGCAUAUCCUCCACCGUGAGACAGGGCCUAAUUUUCCGAUCAUAGUUGUCGCGGUGAUCGGAAUCUUGGCCACAGGUUUAUUACUUGUAAGCUAUUACGUUUUCGUUAUCAAAUGUUGUCUCAGUUGGCACCGAAUCGAUAUCCUUGGCCGAUUCUCCUUGUCUCGACGGCGACGCAACGACCAAGAUCCAUUAAUGGUUUAUUCUCCUGAGUUCAGAAACCGUGGUCUUGAUGAAUCCGUCAUUAGAGCAAUACCAAUCUUGAAAUUCAAGAAGACAAGAGAUGGAAAGAACCAAAGCGACGGCGUUUUCAGAGGAGGAGAAGAGAAGAGUUCUCAAGAGUGCUCUGUUUGUUUGAAUGAGUUUCAAGAUGAGGAGAAGCUUAGGGUUAUUCCAAACUGUUGUCAUUUGUUUCAUAUCGAUUGUAUCGAUAUUUGGCUUCAGAACAAUGCUAAUUGCCCUUUGUGUAGAACUAGGGUUUCUUGUGAUGCAAGUUUCCUUCCGGAUCGGGUUUCUGCUCCGAGUUCUUCCCCAGAGAAUCCGGUUUCGGACUCGGAUACCGUGAUGGUUAGAGGUGAAACUGAGUUUCUUGUCAUCGAGUUGGGAAUAGGGAGUGGUAUUAGAAUUGGUAGUGACCGAGAUAGUCCGAGAAACGGAAAGUUGCUUGCGGAACAAGAAAGGUCAAAUUCAGGUCGUAUAUUGACCGAAAACGCUCAGGAUUUGAUCAGUCCAUCUCUGAGGAAGCUCGACCGAGGAGGGUUUCUUAGGAAAGGAAGAAAGCUUCAUAAGGUGACGAGUAUGGGAGACGAGUGUAUCGACAUUAGAAGAGGCAAAGACGAGCAGUUUGGUAGUGUUCAGCCCAUAAGAAGAUCAAUCUCGAUGGAUUCGUCGGCGGAUCGACAACUGUACUUGGCGGUUCAAGAAGCGAUUCUCCGGAAAAACCGGGAAGUUCCGGUGGUCGGAGACGGAGGAGGAUGUAGCAGCAGUAGUGGCAAUGUUAGUAAUAAUAGCAGAGUGAAGAGAUCUUUCUUCUCUUUUGGGAGUAGUAGACGUUCUAGAAGUUCCUCCAUUUUGCCUCUUUAUUUUGAACCCUAA